AGCGACAGCGCCGCCCCCGCCCUGCAUUCGCCGCCUCCUCUUGGAAAGCCGUCCCGUGGCAGGGAGUUCCGCAGGCCCCGCUCGGGGAGAGAAGCGGCCCGCCGGACUCAGCGCGUCUGCGCCCCCGCCCGCCCGCCCGCCCGCUGCCGCGCACGCGCACUGCCGCCGAGGCCAGUCCGGAGGGAGGAGGUGGAUCAUGGCCGCCUCCAUGAUGGGCGCCCGGGCGGCGGCGGCGGCGGCGGCGGCGAAGCAGCUGCUGGGCUGGGGCUGCGCGGAGCGGAGCGCCGCUGCCAAGGUGAGCGGGGCCGGGCCUCCCCUGCUCGCCGCGCCCGCGGAGGGAGGACGGAGCGAGGGGACGGGCGGGCGGAGGCGGGGGCAGCGAGGGAAGGUCACCGGGCGCCCCGCCGACAGGCCUCCGGGGCGGAGCCAGCGGGAGCGCGCCGGGUGCGGGGCAGGGGCGCCGGGGGGAGACCCCUCGGAAAGGGCGAGGAUCGGGACGGGCCUUGCCUGGAGAGGCGCCCGGCCCCGCGCAGGAUCCGCGACAGGGAAAGGAGGCUCCGGCUUCUUGUCCCUCGCCCCAAACUCAAAAAGGCCGGCAUAUUUGCAGAAGAAGAAAGCAAUUAACGGGUCAUCGCGUACUUUGGGUUUCCUUUGCUUUCUUCGUGAUCAUGCGUCACCUUUAGAGCUUGUAUUUCUGAGGGCCUCACAUAAAACAGUCAGAUGAUGCUACUGUUUCUGCUGGAAGCAUUCGCUUCACACAUCUCAGCCUCCCACCAUCCUGCCUGUGCAAUAUUCAUUUAUUCAGAGCGUUUGCUCCCCUGCUCCUCAGCCAAAAAGGCUCCUAGCAUGGCUUACAUACAGUCAAAGAACAAGACAGUUCCUAUCUGUAGACUUAACAAUCUAAAAAAGCAAAAAGACACAAGUGAAAAGGAUCAGCGAGAGAAGAGGAAAUGCAGCAGAGAAUUCAGGCACCAGUUUCUAAAGAGCUGUUCCCAUCAUGACCAGCUGGCCCAGUUCAAGGGGCAGGAGGUGCCCGGGGGAGCUGGGCCUCUAGCAAAGUGGGUGAAACGAGCCCUGCUUCCUGUCUCUUCCGCUAAGGCAGCUGGGUGCCAUAGCUGCCCCUGGGUGACAGCUGAGAGGAGACCUGGUGGGGCUGGGCUGGGCUGUCACCGCAGAGCUAUGGCAUGAACUCUGACUCCCAGCUCUCCCACUGCUGGAAUGUCAGUCUCUGUGGUGUGUCAUGAGCUAGUACCUUGAGAUGCUGUUCCUCCUGUUUGUAGCAACUUUGUGGAGGCUCUUUUCUUUCUCCAUUUUGGCUUUAUUUUGAUUUAAUAAAUAUAGACACGGUGUAAUGUGUUGUGUGUUGUUUAUCUGAGGUUUGUAUUUACCUAUUUUAAAGAUCUGUUAAGGAACAGAUGAUUGUUGUUAUGUCCUGAUAUAUAAAACCACAGAAUUCAAAGAGGUUGUACUUUCUUUUCUCCCUGACUAUACCUGUUGUGCAGGAACACGGGUGGCGCUGUGGGUUAAACCACAGAGCCUAGGACUUGCCGAUCAGAAGGUCGGUGGUUCGAAUCCCCGCGACGGAGUGAGCUCCCGUUGCUCAGUCCCUGCUCCUGCCAACCUAGCAGUUUGAAAGCACGUCAAAGUGCAAGUAGAUAAAUAGGUACCGCUCUGGUGGGAAGGUAAACGGCGUUUCUGAGCGCUGCUUUGGUUCGCCAGAAGUUGCUUAGUCAUGCUGGCCACAUGAGCCGGAAGCUGUACGCUGGCUCUCUCGGCCAGUAAAGCGAGAUGAGCGCCGCAACCCCAGAGUCGGCCAUGACUGGACCUAAUGGUCAGGGGUCCCUUUACCUUUACCUUUAUACCUGUUGUGCAGGCUGUUGAGUAAGUGUUAUGCAGAUCUCAAGCAGUCAGUCCCUUAGUACAGUUCUGGGAAAUUGGUAUUACAGAUUGAAGUAAAAUGUGUUAGCGUUGGUCACAAACUUUGAAGUAUAAUUUAUGUUCUUAAUAUCAGAGUUACUGUUUUCUAUGUGGCUGUAUCUUUUUAUUAAUUACAAUACCUGUGUGGCUUUUGGUGGUUCUUUUUCCCCUUAAUGAAUUUUUUGCAAUAUAAACAGACCCAAUACAAUGGUACCUAUGUAUUAAGCAUAUCAUAAAUACAGAUUACAUAGCUGCUGCUAAAAGCUGUAAAUGAAAGUGGCAACCAAAAUGUUUUCUUUGCCUGUGUGGUUUCUUUCUGUUGGAUUCUGAUACCAGUCAGCACAUGGGUAACCAGCAUGGUGCUAUAUAGAUGUUGCUGGACUCCAGUUCCCAACAGUCCUGUCUGUGGGCCAUGCUGGCUGGACUGUGGUGCCCAGGGCUGAUGGGAGUUGGAGUCCAACAGGCUCUGGAUGGCACCAUGUUAGCUAUCCCCAGUGUUGUAAAUAAAAAUAUGCCCUUUUCCCUUAUGGGGUAUCCAAGAGCCCAUAUAGAGUCCUUACAUAGGUUCCCUAUUGGUAGGAGAAAAUAACAGAGGCCAACCAGAGAAUAUUGAGAAGCAAAGCAGCUAGUAAGCUGGAUCUUUAUUGAUCUGUUGCAACAGGGUGCUCCCCUCACCCGCAGGAGAGGAAGAGGACCCCCAAAAAUGCUGUGCAAGGGCUUAUAAAGACUUUUGAAAUUCCCAUCCUCUAGAAUCAAGACCACGCCCAGAAACAUUAUGCAUUCAUCACAGAAGGGGUGUAACCUAAGACCACCCCUCAGAUACAUCCCAGAAAAGGCGGUCUGAAACAGAACAUUUGCAUGUUGUUUUUCUCCUGUCCCAGUUUAUCUCCUGACUGGCAAGUUACUUGAUUGGAUUGCCUGGGGAGCCUGGCCAUUCUUUUGUAGUGGUAAAAUACUUAUUUCCUGGGCCAGGUCACAGGCUCACACCUUAAUCAUAUCUUAAAUGUGUCCAUAAGACAGGAUUUGUGAGGAAAGAGACAAUGGGGAGACCUUUUCAGUUUGACCUUGCAGGGAAAACAUUUGGUCAGUUUAGGAAUCAAAAUGGUUCCAGGUUGGCCUUCCUGUGUUGAUCUAUGUAUGUGCGGUUAUGAACAUUACCAUAUAUCUAAGACCAUAAAAUUCCUAUCACACCAGUAAUAUGGAAGCUCUUCAGAUGAUUUGUUUUCCCACUGAAUAUAUGCCAUUUCAUUAAUAGGAAUGGGGCUCAUUAUACCUGUUCCUGUUUAGCGCUCAUGGCUCUUUUCACACAGAUUCUCUUUGUGCCAAUUCUUGGUCCACUCUAGCAGUGCAGGCUCAACCAUGAACUCAACAAUGCUGUUGGGCUUUAGUUGAAAAUGUUGUGACCAGUGGUGUUUUUUUUAAACUUUAUUCACAAUAGCCAAUGGCCAUAGCAACAUAAAACAAGCACUAUAUACAAUUUAAAAGACAACAAUGGGUAAAAAGGGCAAUCAAAUGACCAAGAUUAUCGUUCAGAUAGUGGCCCUUAAUCUCAUUGCACCCUCAAUAAACCUAGCAACCUUUGCUGUUGUCUGAUCAUUUAGAUCUGAUAAAAGAAAGAACAAUGUAGCUGCAGAUGGGCGGCCUGUGAUGGUAAGUAGGAGUGGGGUGAUGAUCUCAUUCCUCAGAUCUUUAUAAAGGGGACAGGACAGUGUUCAAAAUUAGCCAGGUGCCAGGCAUAUUUUGCACCUGAUGAUCAGCCACUUGUGACCAAGAGAAGCUGCCUGGGGGCCAGGAUGGUGCCUGACAUCUCCACCGUCUGGAGGUGCAUGCCUGGGGAUCAUUGGAUCUUGACAGUUUUCAUACACUAAUACCACAUCCUGUAGAAUUCUAUCAGUUAUAUUUUAUCUGCACAAUCAGAAUGAAUUUCAGGAACAAAAAUGUUUGAGCAGGAGCAGUGAACAAUGUUAUACAGUAGUUAAUUGAUGUAGCUUGUCUUCACUUACCCCACUGCCCUGCUCACAGUUGUGUUAUGAAACAGAGGCUGGAAUAGGCCGAUAUAUAUGUGGACUGUCCUUGCAUCAAGUGACUUUUCUUUUUUAAGUUUUCAAAGUUCUUAUCCUAACUCAAGAUUGUCAUCUGAACUAGCCAUAUGUUUAAUGGAGUUGCCUUGCCCCCAAAUGGCAACCAGGCAUUACAUUUUGGUUUAAGGAGCCAUUUAAGGAGUCCCUUACCUUUCCCGCCCCGACCUGGCCACAGUGAUCCAUGCGACGGUCACCUCCAGGCUUGACUACUGUAAUUCGCUCUACGCGGGACUGCCCUUGAAGCUGUCCCAGAAACUCCAACGGGUGCAGAAUGCUGCAGUGAGGCUCCUCACAGGGUCUCUGCCAUGGGAGCAUAUUCACCCAGUGCUUUUCCAGCUGCACUGGCUCCCGGUGGAGUACAGGGUCAGGUUUAAGGUGCUGGUUUUGACCUUUAAAGCCCUUCACGGCCUAGGACCCUCGUACCUGUGGGACCGCCUCUCCCGGUAUGCCCCACGGAGGACCUUAAGGUCCAUAAAUAGCAACACCCUAGAGGUCCCGGGCCCUAAGGAAGUUAGAUUAGCCUCAACCAGAGCCAGGGCCUUUUCAACACUGGCUCCAGCCUGGUGGAACGCGCUGCCUCAUGAGACUACGGCCCUGCAGGAUCUGAUUUCUUUCCGCAGGGCCUGUAAGACAGAGUUGUUCUGCCUGGCCUUUGGCUUGGAGCCAAUUUGAUUCCCUCCCCCUCUUUCUUUUUUCUUUUACCUUUCUCCUCCUGUGAUGAGGCUGCAUUUUAAUAUUUUAAUGUUUCAAUAUUUUAAUGUAUUUUAAUCUUGUUUUUAAGUUGUAUUCAUUCAACUUGUUUUUAUUAUUGCUUGUUAGCCACCCUGAGCCCGGCCUUGGCUGGGGAGGGCGGGGUAUAAAUAAAAAUUAUUAUUAUUAUUAUUAUUAUUAUUACAGUGGUGCCCCGCAAGAUGAAUGCCUCGCAAGACGAAAAACUUGCUAGACGAAAGAGUUUUCCGUUUUUUGAGUCGUUCCGCAAGACGAAUUUCCCUAUGGGCUUGCUUCGCAAGACGAAACGUCUUGCGAGUUCUUGCGAGUUUGUUUCCUUUUUCUUAAAGCCGCUAAGCCGUUAAUAGCCGCUAAGCCGUUAAUAGCUGCUAAGCCGCUAAUAGCCGCUAAGCCGCUAAUAGCCGUGCUUCGCAAGACGAAAAAACCGCAAGACGAAGAGACUCGCGGAACGGAUUAAUUUCGUCUUGCGAGGCACCACUGUAUUAUCAUUUGGCACCUAGCUUAUAUAUCUGACUUUCUAACACUGAUUGUGACUUAUUUAGACUCUAAAGCAGAUAAUCUGCCCCCAGGCACACAGUGACAGAAAAGAAUGGCAUUCUAAAACAUAUUCAUAGAAUCAUAGAAUUGGAUGGGACCCCAAGUGUCAUCUAGUCCAGCCCCUACAAGGCAGGAAUCUCAGCUAAGGCAUCCAUGACUGAUGGCCAUGCACCUUCUACUUAAAAACCUCCAAUGAGAGAGAGUCCACAACCUCCCAUGGGAGUAUGUUCCACUGUCAAACAGCUCUUACCGACAGAAAGUUUUUCCAGCUGUUUAGUUGGAAUCUUUUCUUGUAACUUGAAGCCAUUGGUUCAGGUCAGACCCUCCAGAGCAGGAGAAAACAAGCUUGCUCCAUGUGAGAGCCCUUGGGUUAUUUGAAGACAGCUAUCAUAUCUUCUCUCAGUCUCCUCUCUUCCAGGCUAAGCAUACCCAGCUCCUUCAACCAUUCCUUAUAAGGCUUGGUUUUCAGACUCUUGAUCAUCUUGGUUGCCCUCCUCUGCACACACCCCAUCUUGUCAAUAUCCUUCUUAAAUUGUAGUGUCCUGAAUUGGUGGUCUGACCAAGGCGGAAUAGACCAGUACUAUUACUUCCCUUGAUCUUGUCACUAGACUUCUAUUGAAUGCAGCCUAGAAUAGUAUUAGAUUUUUUUUUUGCUGCUGCAUUAUACUGUUGACUCAUGUUAAGCUUAUUUCUGUCUUGUAUAUUCUAAAAUAUGAUUUGCAAUUACUUUAAGAUUGUUAAUGUCUCCUCAACAUAAUAAGCAGUACUGUGGUACCUCGGGUUCAGAACUUAAUUCAUUCUGGAGGUCCAUUCUUAACCUGAAGCUAUUCUUAACUUGAAGCACCACUUUUGCUGCCACCACACCACCACCGUGCAAUUUCUGUUCUCAUCCUGAAGCAAAGUUCUUAACCUGAGGUACUGUUUCUGGGUUAGCAGAGUCUGUAACCUGAAGCGUCUGUAACCCGAGGUACCACUGUAUUGCUUUGCCAUUUCUCUCCCUGUUUGAUAUAUUUCAUUAUUAUUUACAUACCCCCCCAUCCCCUUCAUCUCAACCAGAGGGUGAAGCUGCUGUUUAUCCCUUGGCUGUGUCACUGUAAAAAGAUCGCGUUUUGGUUGUUUAUAUAGUAAAGUGUGUAAACUGUAAAUAAAUGAAGACUUGUUAAACUGAAAGUCGUGUUCCUAUUUUCCUAGGUAUUCAGUGGAAGACAAGGUUUGUUUCCUAGCUAUGUGUUCCAAGUGCAGCAACGAAGGAGCUUGUCGCUGCAUGAAUACUUAAGUAUGGAACUAUUAAAAGAAGCUGGCAUUUCUGUUCCAUAUGGAUUGGUUGCAAAGACACCAGAAGAAGCUUACAACAUUGCAAAAGAAAUAGGUAUAGAACUGAAGUCUAUAGAUGUAGUAAAUGUUUUCUUUUUGUUGUUUUCCCCCAGGUAAUUCUCCAUGCACGAAGUUUUAGAGACUUAAUAGAUAGUGGUAAAACUGCUUACAUUUUUCAAAUUCUUACUUCUUUCUCAAUUUCUGAGAUCCUACAAAAUCACUGUAGGAGAGAGAAUACCAUUCAGAGAUUUGUGAACUGUGAAGUACUUAGAUGUACUUUUUGACAUUAGCUUUGUUACUGACACUUUCCAAUUGUAUAUACUACUAGUCAUGCUAAUUUAUAGCCUGUUCCUCUGCUGCAUUGCAAGGCUCCCUGAAUUAAAAAAAAAAGUAGCAUUUCGUCCUCCUUGCUUUGGGGCUAUCCCUUGUUCCGGUUCCCUCAGGUCAGGGCUUCCAGAGGCCUACUUGGGGAUGCUACAUCCUUCAAACGCUGUAAUAUCCUCUGCUUCUGAUACCAUGACCCAGGGUGAGAUUAUUCUUGUACUUCAGUACAAGAGUUUUGUUUAGGCCCAACAUGCUGUCAAAGGCCCCUGUCUUGGCUACUGCAAAGAAGCUUUUCAUUCUCUUUUCUAAAACCUAGAUCUGCCUAGGUUAAAAAAAAACCCUCAAAUAGUAUUUGUACAUUAUUUAAUUUGAAACAAUUAUUGUCUACCCUCCUUCUAUUCCAGGUACAAAGGACCUUGUUGUAAAGGCACAAGUUUUAGCUGGUGGUAGAGGGAAAGGAACCUUUGAAGGUGGCCUUAAAGGAGGAGUGAAAAUAGUAUUUUCGUAAGUUGAGCUUCUAAUUAAUUAACACAGAAAGCAAAAGCAUUAAUAGCCCAGGGGCAUUUACUAUGCGUAACUAUUUACUAGAAUUGUUUCAGUAUUUGUAUUUUUAGAAUGCUUGAACUAUUACUUAAACUUCAGCAACUUCAUUUUGGGACUUUGAUCUCUUUUUGGUAUAGUAGAUUAGAUAACAUGGAUCUUAGGGUGAUCUAGUAUUUUGUGAAUACUAUUUUUAUUUUAUUAGGGGACAGGUCACCCUACAACUCUGAAAAAGAGGCCUGUUUGCCUUUAGAGUGGCAAUUUUAAGAAGAAAUGUUUGUGGGGAUAAUAAAUUCUUUGGGGAAGCAAACUCUUAUCUGACAGAAUAAUACUUUAAUAAUUAUUUUAAUUGUGUAAUAUAUUUUAUUCUGUUUAAUGUAUUUUAUUCUGUUUAAUGUGUUUUGUUUUGUUUUGUGAUGGCUUUGGCUACACAAAUAAAUAAAAUUAAUAAAUGAUAUUUAUUUAUUAGUCCAGAAGAAGCAAGAGAGAUUUCCUCCAAAAUGAUUGGGAAAAAACUGUAUACAAAGCAGACAGGAGAAAAGGGCAGAAUAUGCAAUCAAGUGUUUAUCUGUGAGCGCAGAUAUCCCAGGAGAGAGUACUAUUUUGCAAUAACCAUGGAACGAUCAUUUCAGGUGAGUAGUCUAUUUGAGGAGAAAUGCUUUUUAUGCCAGUACGUUUCCGAGCACAAUUCCAAGUGUUGGUACUGACCUUUAAAGCCCUAAACGGCCUCGGUCCAGUAUAUCUGAAGGAACGUCUCCACCCGCAUCGUUCACCCCAGACACUGAGGUCCAGCUCCGAGGGCCUUCUGGCGGUUCCCUCACUGCGAGAAGCCAAGUUACAGGGAACCAGGCAGAGGGCCUUCUCGGUAGUGGCGCCCGCCCUGUGGAACGCCCUCCCACCAGAUGUCAAAGAGAAAAACAACUAGCAGACUUUUAGAAGACAUCUGAAGGCAGGCCUGUUCAGGGAAGCUUUUAAUGUUUGAUGCAUUACAGUAUUUUAAUAUUUUGUUGGAAGCCGCCCAGAGUGGGUGGGGAAGCCCAGCCAGAUGGGCGGGGUAUAAAUAAUAAAUUAUCAUCAUCAUCAUCAUUAUUAUUAUUAUUAUUAUUAUUAUCAUAGAGUUUAGUGUUUUUGGUUGGGACAAAGACUUUUAAGCUGUCUUCAGAAGGAUAGUUAGUAGAGCAAAACAUGGAUUAUACAGUCAAACCUCUGUUCCUGAACAGCUCUGUUUUGUGAAGGGGCUUCCGGUAUGGUUUAUGUUCGACAACCGAGGUUUAACUGUAGUACCCUAGUUCUCACUCUGGGCAAAAUCUUUUGUUUUUGUUUUUCUAGUAUGUAUUUAAAAAACAACAUUCUGCUGUCAAACAUUGUCAGUGUUAUUUACUAAAGUAUGAAGCAAUUAGGUGCCUCAUAGGACAUAUGAAUUGUAAGGUGCUUGGUGACAGAAGUGUUUAUUAAUGUAAGGUUUUGAUUUGAUAUCUGAGCAUCUGAGUUUUUUAGAGGUUUUCCUUUUCUGCAGUAGCCUUUAGUAAAUCCCCAAAUAGCUUCUUACCUGUAUAAGUUUAGUAAACAGGCAAGAGUCCUUUCAAGAGAAAUACCAUGCAUGCGUCUGUGACAAGUUCUACAGCAGCCUUUUGGAGUCCUCUUGAGGGGAGCAGCUGAAAGGGUCCUUUCCUAGAAAAUACUGGGUGCAUUUUAAACCAUCAUCUUUUCUUUUGUGCUUAACAAGAGUGUAAAUAAGAGCACAGCUUUAGGGACAUGAAUAAGAUUUUAAAAUACUUAGACUUGAAUACAAUUUUUCAUUUUAUAGCCUACCCUGGCAGAAAUGGAGCCAGGCUGGAUAAUGGGUGGUAGCAAAUUUGGGGGGGCUAACUGGCUGUGGUAGUGGAGAGCAGGAGAGGGGUUCUUCUUUGGCUUGGAUUAAAGUCAUUUUCACAUACAGUGGUGCCUCGCAAGACGAAAUUAAUCCGUUCCGCGAGUCUCUUCGUCUUGCGGUUUUUUCGUCUUGCGAAGCACGGCUAUUAGCGGCUUAGCGGCUAUUAGCGGCUUAGCGGCUAGUGGCUAUACGGCUUAGCGGCUUUAAGAAAAAGGAAACAAACUCGCAAGAACUCGCAAGACGUUUCGUCUUGCGAAGCAAGCCCAUAGGGAAAUUAGUCUUGCGGAACGACUCAAAAAACGGAAAACUCUUUCGUCUAGCGAGUUUUUCAUCUUGCGAGGCAUUCGUCUUGCGGGGCACCACUGUAAAAUGAAAACUACAGAAUCUGUUUCAAAUUCUUAUCUUACGCACUGCAUGUUGGUACUAAGCCUCCAGUGUCUUCAAUUGUCUUCCAAGAAUGAAUUUAUAAAAACAUAAAACGCUUUAGGAGUUUCCCAAAGUGCUGAUCACGACUAAUUUCUUCUAAAAAUAUAUUGAUUCCUACUGGGGGUAGCGGUGCCCACUUUUUUUAGUAGCUUGUUUCGCUGGCCAGUCGUUUGGGGGGCAAAUAUUAGAUUUGAGUUCUGCUCUGCCUUUCUCUGAAAGUUCACAAGCACAUAAAUAAGAAUUUCUCGUGUGAAUGAUAUAACCACCUUUCCCAACCACAUUCAUUGGAAUAUUUUCAGACAGCUGGUUUUUAGAAGGUAGUUAAGAUAUGAUAGCAAGAAAGACUCGAGUCUCCAGGACUGAAUUAGGGGCCUGUAAAUUUCCAGCUGCCACACCUAUAGUUUUUUUAUUGACUAAUUGAUAACCUUUACCUUUCAGUCAACCGGCACUCAAAUAGCUGGUUGGCAACCAGGCUAUCGUAAAUGAGUUAUUCUGUGUUUCUAGGUUUUUCUAGGCGUAUAACUGAACACUCAGUUUCUGUGUAGUAUCUAAUUGUAUAUUUUUCAUAUUCAACCCACAAGUGUGUUACAAAAUUACUUUAAUAUUUUGGGGAUUGUAAAAAGACCUUGUUGAAAAGUGUUUCUCUUUUCAGGGUCCUGUACUCAUUGGCAGUUCCCAGGGUGGUGUCAAUAUUGAAGAUGUUGCUGCAGAGAAUCCUGAUGCCAUAGCUAAGGAACCAGUUGACAUUGUAGAAGGCAUUCAAAAGGAGCAGGCCGUCAGGGUACUGAAAUAUGCAUUGUUUGUUCAGCGACAGCUUCUCUAUAACCUGUACACAUAUGGUCUGUUUAACUAAAAGAUAUAACACUGGAUCUUCAGGUUCUUUAAUGGUUUCGAUUUAGAGUUGUGCAGAGAAAAACCCCGUGGGGUGAAUGCUGCUGCGAGUAGAAAUAGGUGAGGAGGAUAUUUUUGCUCCUUCCUCCUCUACUCCCCCCCUCCACCUUGCUCCAGCAGCCUCCUGUGCCCCUAAACAUUUGCUCCAUAGAGUUUUCACCAGGCAAAAACAUUCCUCUUCAACCAGCCCCUGGUUUUUAUGAUCUAGGACCUUUUAGAGGGGGUGAGAUUUUUUAAUGUGUUUUUGUUCUUCUUUUCUGGUUUUAAUUUAAGUUGCUUUGGGUUGCCUGUGGAAAAAGCAGCUAAUAAAACUAAUAAAAUAAUAAAAAAACAAUCUAGUCCAACUCCUUGCAAUGCAGGAAUCUCAACUGAAGCAUUGAUGAUAUGCUAAUCUUCUCUGUAUUGUUCCAGUUUUAGCAUAUAUGCUGCUGGAGCAAGCACAACUACAGCAUCCAUGACAGUUGGCCAUCCAACUUCUGCUUAAAAGCUUCCUGUGAAAAAGAAUCCACCAGUUUCCAAGGGAGUCCAUUCCACUGUCAAACAUCUUUUACUGUCAAAAAGUUCUUCCUGAUGUUUAGUUGGAAUCUCCUUUUGUAACACAAAUCCAUUUGUUCAGGUCCAACUCUGGAGCGGGAGGAAACAAGCUUGCUCCAUCUUCUAUCUGACAGCCCUUUAGAUAAAUGAGGAUGGCUGUCAUAUCUCCUCUCAGUCUCCUGUUUCCCAGGAUAAACAUCCCCAACUCCCUGAACCAUUCCUUAUAAGCCUUGAUUUCCAUACCGUUGAUCAUCUUGGUUGCCCUCUUCUGCACAUGGUCCAACUUGUCAAUAUCCUUAAACUGUGGCACCCAGAACUGGACACAGGACUCCAGGUGGAGUCUAACCAAGGCCAAAUAGAGCAGGACUAUUAUUUCCCUUGAAAAAGCAAGACAACAGCAGCCGUAUAGUACAGUACAGUACAGUAAUGGUAUUAUGUUAAUUAUAUUCCCUGCCUUUUUUCCUGACAGUGAUUCAGGGUGGUGUUAGUGUUAAUUCUAUCAAUGUUUAUUUUAUGUUUUAUUUUUUAAAAUGUGUUUAAUAUGUUUUAGGGGUUCUUAUUUUUAUCUGUAAGCCAGCUUGAGUCCCUGUCAGGGAAAAAGGUUGGGCAUAAAUAGAUACCGUAUUUUUCGCCCUAUAGGACGCACUUUUUCCCCUCCAAAAAUGAAGGGGAAAUCUGUGUGCGUCCUAUGGGGCGAAUGCAUGCUUUCGCUGAAGCGUGGAAAAGCUAUCAGGAAGCUAUCAGCAAGCCUGGGGAGCCUGCGGGAGUUCUCGCAGGGCUCCCUAGGCUGCGGAUAGCAGCCUGCUUGGCCGGAGCGCGCCGAAGCAGAGCGCCCCGCGCUUCGGGCAGACACCCGCAGCCUGCUUGCCCGGAGCAGAGGGCGCGCCAAAGCAGAGCGCCCCGCGCUUCGGGCAGACAUCCACAGCCUAGGGAGCCCUGAGGGUACGCCCCGCGCUUCGGGCAGAUAUCCGUGGCUGGGGGGGGGGGAAAUAAUUUCCCCCCCUUUAUUUCCCCCCCAAAAAACUAGGUGCGUCCUAUGGGCCGGUGCGUCCUAUAGGGUGAAAAAUACGGUAUAUAAUACAACAACAACAGAUUAACCUUCACUAGGAGUGGGCCUAAUUCCACCCAUGGAUGAUUCCAUCUUGUCCACAGAACCUCUCGGUCUUGGCUUUGCUCCGUCCACCGUGUUGACUUCAGGGAGGAGCUUUUUUUCCUUGUGGCUAGCAGGGAAAUACAGCUAAUUGUAGGCAUGGAAACCCAAUCUUGGUGGAGGGGCAGGAGGGUUCUUUAUAACUCUUUGCUCCCUACUGUGGUUCAGAUCACCACAAUCCCUGCAGUCCCUGCAGUCUGUCUUCCUGUUUGGUUCAAUAGGAACAUUUAUUCCAAUACCAAUAGCAGACUUAAAGUCUGAGGAAUGCUUGUGUCUGGAUCUUUGUAGCUGGGGGCAAAGUUAAAGCCCCCCCCCCAUUCCUUGAUGCCAUAGUCUAGAUCUGAAUCUUCCACCUCCCCAAAAGUGUUAGUAAGAGUUAGAACAGAGGAUGGUUGUGUGUAGGUGUGUAGCAGAGUGGCUCACUUGAGGAGGGGGAUGGUUUCCCAUCUCUGGCUUAUAUGUAAGGUAGCUUGAAAUGUGCUUAUUCUUUCUGAGUUUUCUUGUUUUUGAUUGAUAAAGGUUCCUUCUGUGUUUUUGUUUUCCAAUUCCAGCUGGCCAAGAAAAUGGGGUUUCCUGCUAAUUUGGUAAACGAAGCAGCUGAUAAUAUGAUUAAGAUUUACAACCUCUUCAUUAAAUUUGAUGCUACUAUGGUAGAAAUUAACCCCAUGGUUGAAGAUUCUACAGGGAUUGGUAAAGUACUUUCUUUUGGAAUUGUUUCACUUUGAAAACUUAAUUGUGGAAUUUAUUAACUUUAAUUACAAAAUAGGAUAUCUGAGUUUUUGCUCAUGUUUUAUUAAGAGGAUUUAAAAACCCAAAACAAAACCCCAAACUAGAUUUACCUUUUUAAGAUGUGUUUUGGCAUUGUCCAAAAGCGAUCUUAUGCUUUAAAUGGAUCUACAAACUGCAGCGAGAAGACAUUUUUAGGACUGUCAGUUACAUGUAGCGUGACAAGAUUAAGAAAUUUGGUCAGUGUAUCCCUUAAAUGUGCUCAAUCUGAUUCCUCUCUCUCUCUUUUUUUUGGGGGGGGGGAGUGUUGGCUCUUCCGAGUUAAAUCAGUUUGGCUUUCCCAUUUGUACCCUUUGUAUAGGAGCCUCUUCUACGCACACCAUUUUCUCUGACUUUCUCGUGUAUGUUCUUGGCUUUGGGAAGAAAUAUCGUAACUUUGAUGGUCUAUACAUGUAGCAGGAUGAGGUGAAAGAGUGUAGUGCAUCGCUUCAGGUUCCAGAUGGGGGAAUGCCACUCCUGAAUUUGACUGCUGUUAAAAGUUCCCUGCAUGCACAAAACCAGCACAGCAGGCAGGAAACAUAUUAUUGCACAUCAGAGAGCAUGCAAGGCUUGAUUUCUGCUUUCAGGGAAUUUGCAUGUUAUGGGACAUUUGGAAAUACAAUAUCUUCAUGUUAAACUGGCCCAGGACUCUGCUACCUUAAUCUGUGCUGUGUUUAGACUAGCCCACAUAGAUAACUUGGGAAGUUACUGUUCUUAGCAUUAAGGGGUCUAAACACAACUUGUUUGUUUUUCCAAGUGAUGUGUAUGGACGCAAAGAUAAAUUUUGAUAGCAAUUCGGCUUAUCGUCAGCAGAAAAUAUUCGGCCUGCAGGACUGGACCCAGGAAGACCAGCGAGACAGAGAUGCAGCCAAAGCAGAUCUCAAUUAUAUAGGAUUAGAUGGAAGCAUCGGAUGUCUUGGUAUGUUGGGCGUGGUGAAUGCUGAAUAUAGGAACUAAAGAUGCAGCAAUGCCUUCAAUAGUUACUGUUUUCUUUUUUCUGCCCCUCUUUCAGUGAAUGGAGCUGGUCUUGCAAUGGCCACUAUGGAUAUAAUUAAACUUCAUGGAGGCACCCCAGCAAAUUUUCUUGAUGUUGGAGGUGGUGCUACAGUGCAACAAGUAACAGAGGCCUUUAAACUGAUUACAUCAGAUAAAAAGGUAAGAACACAGUUGCUAUUUAGAGUUCUCUGUUUAACCUGAUGUUUAGUUAAUCAAGUAUUGCUGCUACUCAGAAAUGCAGGUUACUUUUUCUCCUAUGAGCAGGCAUCUUCUUUCAAGGAACAUCCUGACCUCUAAGCACAGUCGUGUCCUAGUUCCGUUGAUGUAAUCUAUAGUGUAAGUUAAAACUGCAUGGUAACUUGAGCUUUAAAAACCUUUACUAUUUUUUUCAGGUUUCAUUCAUUUUAAAAGUAUAGACUUUAGAUGGAAAUAAGACUUAGCUGAAACCAUACAUAUAUCUAUAUAUAUAUAGAAGCUAUCUUCUACAGGGAUUAAUUCUAACUCACGCCUCCCCUCUUGUCUGUUCCCCAUUCCCAUCUAAAUUCACAUCUCAUUCAAAUUCCUACUCUUAGGGAUUUGAUCCACACUGCCUGAUCUCAUUGGCUGUAGUAGCAGGUGGUAGAAGCUAGCCAGGGAUAUAGGAACCUCUCCUUGAGCUAGAGGGUAAAUUAACUCAAACUACCAAAUAGAUACACAGCUAAAAAGGCAGCAAUGGUGUAUGCCAGUGAUUGUCACAUGUGCAGCUGUCUGCCUGUUGGACAGAAGUGAUGGAUGUGUGCUUGGUGCAGUGAGCUCCUGCCCCUUAGGGAAUGAGUUAGAGGAAAAAGCAGUAAGAGGUGGCAUGAUAGAGGUGCUUGGAAUUUGCCAUAGUCUGGAGAAAGUUGAUAGAGAAAAAAACUUUUUCUCCCUCUCUCAUAAUACUUGACUGAGGGACAUUCAGUGAAACUGAAUGCUGGAAGAUUCAGAACAGAUAAAAGUAAGUGCUUUACACAGUGCAUAGUUAAACUAUGAAAUUUGCUCCCACAAGAGAUAGUGGUGGGCAGAAAUUUCAGCGGCUAUAAAAUGAGGAUUAGACAAAUUUAUGGCUGUCAAUGGCAGUAGGCUGACAAACAGGAGAAUGCCAUCAUGUCCAAAUGCCACGCAGUUGCCUGAAAACAGGCAAUUGAAUUGCACCCUCUCUUUUAAAAACCCUUUAAAACAUCUUUGGGAUAAGAAAACUGUAAUGAGAGCCCUCCCUCCCUCUCCAUCUGCUGGCGAAGAUCUACCAUCUGAAAAUCUGUGAAUACCACUUUGUUGAGGAGAUAAUACCCACAAAGCAGGAGUGGCAGAUGAAAUUAGUGGAAUACACAGAAUUAGCAAGCUCAACCAGCGAAAUUAGAGAGCAAGAAGAGAAAAUUUUAAAAGAGAAAUUGAAGCCAUUUCUAGACUACCUUAAAAACCAUUGUAAAAAUGUUAGAACUUUAAUCAGUUUGAAGUAAGCUCAGCAGUUAAAGUUUAUAAUGAGAAGAAUUUGAAUGUUUAAAUAGUUAGAAAAAAUAGAAUAUGCAGCAGGAAUUGGAAAUUUAGGGAGCCAUGGAUGGGAAGUUGAUGGAAUAGAAUUAUGGAUUGAUGUAAUGUAUCUAUCCCCCCCUUUUUUCCCCUUCCUUUUUAUUCUUCAGUGCUGUAUUUUGUACUCUUAUAAAUUAAUAAAUAUUUUUUUAAAAAACCACUUUCUGUUGCUGGAAAAAACAGAAAGUAAAUGGAUUGUUAAACUAUCUAAAGGAAAGCGUAAGAUUGAUUUAUGGUGGACAAGAGAGAUUAUAGAAAUUCCGUUAUCUUUUUUUUUUUGCUUCCUGCCACCUAAAGAAUUCGAAAAAUUGAAAGUGGAGUAAUUAUCACUAGCCAUGAGAAAAAGAAUUUGUUUUGAGAUAACAGUUGCAGCUGCAGAAUGUCAAUACUUUGGUUUUUAAUGAAGUUAUGUUGAGGUGAAUUGAGUGACUAAUAAUAACCAAAACAUUCAAAGUUUCCAACACGAUAAAAGUGACUGUUGGUAUUGUUCAGCAGUUGAUAGCUGGACAAUUAAAAACGAUUAGAUCAAUGUUUGAUGAAGAUAAAGAAAAUUAGCCAGAUGGUGAUGCAAAAAAAAGGAGCCAGAGGAAUAUGAGGUAAAAAAUGGAAAGGGAGAAUACAUAGAUGCCCCAGAUCAAAUUGAUGAAAAGUUGGGAGGAAGACUGGAUCAAGAAAUAAUCAAUGGAAGGAAGCAGAUGGUCACAUGGAAAUGGAAAUGACCUCCAUACAAGGAUUUAGGGAAGAAGUAGAAUGCCAGAAUAGCUCUGCAAACUGUUGCCUGAUGCCGUAAAUCAGAAGCGGGCAUGAGACUUGAUGGCACUUAACUUUUAUUGCUUAACACCCAGAGAGUCAGCACACACACACACACACAAAAACUUCAGAGGAGCUAAGUUUCCACCCCACCCACCCCCGUUCUUGAGCUGUGAAAGGGGGAGGGGGAGGGCCCAGAACAGAGCUCUCUUGCAGAGUCCCUAUCAGAGUCUGUGCCCACAUCAGAGUCCCCUUCACCCCCAAUCUCUGGCUCCAAUGCUUCCCUGCUGGUUCCCUUUGUCAGUGGCUCCUCCCUGUCCCACCAGUCUGAAUCACUGCACAGCUGCCUUGGUUUAAGGUGGGUAAAAGUAAGUAAAAACCCUGACUGUCCCGUUGGGCUGGGUCUCUCAUAAUGGCUCCCUCCUAAAAACUGCUGCCUGUGUGUGUGUGUCUUUUUCUAAGGCAAGAUAUAUUUCCAAAACCCAGUGUUAUGACUGCAUUAGUCUCUUAUAUGUUUGGACAUGUGGUGAUGCCUGCCAAGCAUGGUUGCCUAAAACUAUAAAUUCAAAGGUAUUAAGAAAAACAUAUUACCAAUUAUAUGCUCUUUUGCAGCCACAUAAUUGCAUAAUGUCUACAAAUUAGCAAACGAUUCAAUGAUCUUCCUUUUGCAAAACAGGCUUUUUUUUUAUCAGAAGACAGAAUGAAUCUGUGCUCCAUUAUGUUUACAGUUCUAUAUACUUUUUUACACAGGUGCAAGCUAUUCUGGUGAAUAUUUUUGGAGGCAUUAUGCGAUGUGAUGUGAUCUCACAGGGAAUAAUUAUGGCAGUAAAAGAUUUGGAGAUUAAAAUACCUAUUGUUGUACGGUUACAAGGUGAGCAUUUUACAAUAAAAGAAUCAUAGGAUUGUAGAGUUGGAAGGGAUCCCAGAAGUCAUCCAGUCCAACCUCUUGCAAUGCAGGAAUCUCAAUCUCGGCUCUGCCGCUCAGCUACCGUAUUUUGCGCUCCAUAGGACGCUCCGGCCCAUAGGGCGCACCUAGGUUUUUUGGGGGGAAAUAAAGAAAAAUAUUUUUAUUUCCCCCCCCCCAGGUGCGGGGCUGGAAGAACUAGGUCAGGGAACAGCGGGAAGGUGCGCUCUGCCUCCCCGCUGUCCCCCGAGCUUGUGGGGCUGGCGAUGGGGAGAAGUGCGCUGAUCCUGGGACUGCAGGCAGCUCUGUGCCGCCAUCCGGAGCGGGGCGGGACUUCGCGCCCGGCUCCCGAUGGCCGCGCAGAGCUGCGCUGAUCCCAGGACUGCAGGCAGCUCUGCGUGGCCAUCCGGAGCGGGGCGGGACUUCGCGCCCGGCUCCCGGUGGCCGCGCAGAGCUGCGCUGAGCCGGGGACGGCAGGCAGCUCUGUGCCGCUAUCCGGAGCGAGGCAGGACUUCACGCCCGGCUCCCGAUGGCCGCGCAGAGCUGCGCUGAGCCGGGGACAGCAGGCAGCUUUGCGCGGCCAUCCGGAGCAGGGCGGGACUUCGCGCCCGGCUCCCGGUGGCCGCGCAGAGCUGCGCUGAUCCCGGGACUGCAGGCAGCUCUGCGCGGCCAUCCGGAGCAGGGCGGGACUUUGCGCCCGGCUCCCGGUGGCCGCGCAGAGCUGCGCUGAGCCGGGGACGGCAGGCAGCUCUGCGCGGCCAUUCGGAGCGGGGCGGGACUUCGCGCCCGGCUCCCGGUGGCCGCGCAGAGCUGCGCUGAGCCAGGGAUGGCAGGCAGCUCUGCGCCGCCAUCCGGAGCUGGGCGGGACUUCGCGCCCGGCUCCCGGUGGCCGCGCAGAGCUGCGCUGAGCCCGGGACUGCAGGCAGCUCUGCGCAACCCUCGGAGUCGGUCUCCCGAGGGUUGCGCAGAGCUUCCUGAAGCCUGGAGAGCGAGAGGGGUCAGUGCGUACCGACCCCUCUCGCUCUCCAGGCUUCAGCGAAAGCCUGCAUUCGCCCCAUAGGACGCACACACAUUUCCCCUUCAUUUUUGGAGGGGAAAAUGUGCGUCCAAUGGUGCGAAAGAUACGGUAGUCGCAAACCAUGUGACUGCAAAUCUCAACUUGGUUGCUAGGUGGCACCCCUGAGUCACAAAAAGCCGCUGGUGAUGGGUUAAUUUCGAAUGCUGCUUCUGCAUGCUUUGUAGUACAGAAUAUAGAAAAGCAGAGCCUGUAACACAAUGAAUAAUCUUCUACAGCUUCUCUUAAAUCUGUAGCUUUUAUAAUUGUACAGAGUCCCUUUUACUGUUGAAGUUAGACAUUCAUUGACAUACCGCAAGCUUAUAUUUUCCUCCUAUAUAUCAAGAUAUAUCAGUCAGUGAUGCUAAAAAUAUAGACUUAAGCACUGGGGUUCAUUAAUGGAAUCAUAGAAUUGUGGAGUUGGAAGAGACACUAAUCCAACCCCCUGAAAUGCAGGAAUCUCAACUGAAGCAUCCAUGACAGAUGCUUAAAAACGUCCAAGGAAGGAGAGUUUAUUAUUACCAACCAGGUUAUAUUUACCUUCCUGUAUUAAAAGCUCCAGUUUGUCUUGCUUGUUUCCCAUACUCUGUGCAUUUGUUUAGAUACAACUGAAACCAUGUGUUGUUCCCUCCAGCUGCUUCCUUCUUGUAGCUUCUUGCCCUUUAGCAGGUUUCUGAAAUGCCACCUUAUUUUUUGUGCAUAAAUGCAGCUAUUAUUCAAAAUACCAGGUGUUCUUCUGUCAUUUGUAAUGUUGUCUCCCUCCCCCUUGAAGAUCUAGUUUAAAACUCUCCUGGUCAGGAGAGUUGCUGAAUCCAAAUUAUCUCAAUGACUGGUUUCCAGAUGUCACCAAUAUUUAGUAAGGUUUGAAGUGGUAGCAGGGGGUGGACUGGCAGGGGUGUGGCAGAAAUUGAUAGAUUCCUGAAUACUCUGGAGAAUUUUCCAGUGGGAAAAGUGGAUGAUUCUUCCAAAGUUCCUUUGUAAUGGAGAGAUGAGGCAGGCAGUGCCUGAUCACUGCUGAGUGUUCUUUCCAGCAUUGCAGUGCCUGAUUACGGUAACUCCUUGGCAUUCUAGAGAGCUAUGUGCUAUGAAGAAGCUGGACAAAAACUGGAACAUAAGCGGCACAAAUCUCACUCUGAAGUUAGCGGAGCAGAGGUUGGUGCACAUACAAUUGCCUGCCAUGUCGCAGUAAGGGCACCCAAAACUGACAAAGCUUUUGCCUCUUGGACAACUGGACUCCCACUCUAGCCUUAAAAUAUAUUGUCAUAUGAUUUUGAAAAAGAUUGGUUGUAAGGAAAGAGAAGCAUUGUAGCUACUUCAAUCAAGGCCACACUGUUGUACUAAUUACUAUGUCCUGUGUCUGGAUAACAUUGACAGAAAUAACCUGUGAAUCCUGAAAUAUAAAAUCUUAACUAUGUAGGUACACGAGUUGAUGAUGCUAAAGCUUUAAUAACAGCCAGCGGUCUGAAAAUACUUGCCUGUGAUGACUUGGAUGAAGCUGCUAAAAUGGUGAGCUAAAAUUUAUUUGUAUAAAUUCUUGCUGUAACACAUUUUUGAUAAGCACUGUUAACUUACCUAAACAUGAUGAAAUGGCACUCUUAAGCUUUCAGUGUUAUAGGAUUCUUCACAUACUGUAGUAUACCGCAAAAUGUACGUACGCACAGUCAGGUGGCUGUAAGAAUCUAGUCCUGUUAAGGCUCUCAGUAUGAUCACACAAUUCUAAAUCGGACCGUCUGGCUUCACCACAUCCCUGCUCUAUGCCUGCUGCUCACCAUGUUGGAGGGCAAACGUCUGCAGCAGGAAGCCUUCUAUGCUUGUGGAGGCUCCCUGUGCAAGUUGAACCACAGAGUAAACCAGGGGUCUAAAUUGUGCAGGGAGCCCCCACAGGCACAGAAAACUCCCCGCUGCAGGUCAUAGAAUCAUAUAAUUGUAGAGUUGAAAGGGACCACGAGGGUCAUGUAGUCCAACCCCUGCAAUGCAGGAAUCUUUUUUGCCCAACGUGAGGCUCAAACCCACAACCCUGCGAUUAGUGGUGUUUGACUUUUCAACCCAUGGAGGGCAGCUUCUGUCUACAUCUGUUCAUAAUCAAUAUACUUAUAACUAGACUCCUACCUUAUUCAGGAUAAGAGACCAUGCAUAUAGCUGUACAUGUUUUGAAAGAAUGCGCAUAUAAUUAUGUAAACUGAUGAAUGCAUAGUAACUUAAUGAUACUCUGGGAAGCAAGUGCUUGAGGCACAACCCUUUUUUGCCCUGAUCAGUGUCUGAGGAGGAGUUUGUUAGGUGGCUCUGAGGGAAAGUUGGAGAUCACAGGUAGAGUGAAUAGACAGCUUAGAGAGAGAAGUGGAUGAGAGAAUUACAGCCUUCCGUCCUACCUGCUACAGUGGUAAAGCCUUGGAAUACCCCUGGCUGGUCACCUUGGCAGGUAAUAGAGCACUUGAUGCCACAGCCCCAUGGAUCUCCUUCUUUGCACACCUUGAUGGCACGGAUGCUGGACUCGUUCAGGCCAUAUCCCCGUGCCAGUGCAGACAGUCAAGCAGUCCAGCGCAGCCAGUUUCUCUUGCACUGUGGGAGCACAUUCUGCUUUUUAGCUUUCCCACCUUUAGGAAGAAGCUGUCUUGUGUGUGGGGGCCUUUCACUCAGACUGAACCUCUGCUUGCUUUCAGACCACCUUCCCCUCGCUCUCAGAUCACCUUCACUUGCUCUUCAUGUUCCCAUGUCCUGUGCACACCCAACCAAGGAGGACAAACGGACAAUAGUUUAAUUUUUUAUUGACAAAAGCACGCACUUACAGCAGCUCCCAAGGUGCCCAGAAUCCACACGCAUGCUUCUGGCAACGAUGUGGCUAACAUUACUUUCCCAAGUUCAGGCCUGGCAGAUCAGUUCCAAAGGGCCCACAUUUAGCCCCUGGGCCUGAGGUUCUUCAUCCUUGUACAUAUUAAGCAGUCAGAUGACUUCAUCUUUCAGUGCAUUAGACUGAUAUGACUUCCUUUCUGAGGUUUUGUUACACUCUGUAAGCUAUUUCUUCCAUCUGACUUAGCUGUAACAUUUUGCAGUUAUUCAUACUGUUAAUCACCCAAAUUACUUUUUAUUUGUUGUCAUUUCACCUGUACUUGUUGAAGAUUUUUAAUAUCUUAUGGAAACAAAAUAUCUCAAGGUGAUUUUUGUUUUGUCUUUUAGGUUGUGAAACUCUCUGAAAUAGUCACCUUAGCAAAGCAAGCUCAAGUGGAUGUUAAGUUUCAGUUACCAAUUUGAUCAGACAUGUAAUGGUUCAUGUUCCCCAAACCCUUGUUGUGUUCAGCUUUCUAAAAUACUGUUCUAUUAUUUCUUACUCCUUUUAUGUGUGUGAAGAUUUUACUUGCUUGAUAGGCAAGCUUGUAUCACCUUCCUGUUAAUAUUCAAAGUGUUUGCUGUAAUAAAAAAAAGUUAAAUACUUAGUUGCAGUCUCUCCUUCAGUUACAGCUACAGAAACAGAUGCUCUUCAUAUGGGGAAAUACAUGCUUGAGGCUGAAAAUGUGUGUUCCCAAUAGAAAACCAAAAAGUCCAUAGCUUGUGUUGAUCUCAAUGAUAAACUUAACAGUUAGGCUUAGUAACAUAUUGUUGGCAUUUGUCUCAGGAGACAAUGGAGUGCACCUCCAGGGGUGAAGUCAAACUGCUGCAUUAGCACUUCAUUGCCCAGAAGUAUCUACUGGGCAACUUUAAGAGAAACAAUUCAUGUAGCACAGAAUACUAUGGUAAUACAGAUGAAUGUGUUGAGGUAUUCUGUAUAUGCAGUAUAUCAAAUAUAUUUAUAUUCUGAAGUACAGUGAAUGAACUAGAGCAUACUGCUCACUAUUUAUGAACAGUGCAUUUUUACAGCCUGUGCUUUCUAAAGCAAAAGCUCUUUGAACGUUGUAAUUUAAUCACUAUGAAAGUACUGUCUUCAUGAUUUUCUGGUACUUAAUUUAAAAUACCAUGUAGAUUUGUAUACGAACUAAUAAAUGCUUGUUUCUUUUAGUACUGGGCAGACAUAGUAUUCUUUAGAGUAGCAAAUAAAAUUUAUUCAAAGAGCUGAGCAUUGUUCUCCUUCACAUAUUUAUAUUUAAAUGAAAUCAUUUUUAAAUAUUACUGUGAAAUGCAUUACUAAAAUCAGUGGGGAUCUGAAUGUUACAAUCUUAGCACUUACCGUAUUUUUCGCACCAUAGGACACACCGGACAAUAGGACGCACCUUGUUUUAGAGGGGGGAGAACAAGAAAAAAAAAUCUCCCCCUCUCUGCCCAGCGCCCCUUCAGCGAAGCGGCAGGAGGCGCUGCGCAGAGAGAGGGAGAAUUUCCCCCCUCUUGUUUUCCCGCUCUAAAACAAGGUGCCGUUUAAGGUGCGUUCAGGCGGCUA